ACUACUCUUUCUGCACUACUGAGCUCUCUCAUCCCACUGCACUGCAACUAGGCAGCGAACGUUUCACUACUUAUUCACUGCUUAAAUACUUACUUUACAUGAUCUUUUCAUGAACUUUAAUCAUGCUGGCUCGGUCACUUUUCUGUGCUAUUGUCGCCUUUCUUUGUUUACCGGCUGAGGGACAAACUACCAACCGCUUUGUUAUCGGAUGUCCCGCUCGCUGUGAUAAGUCCAUGUGUCCCAGGAUAGCUGCUGACUGCUCCACAGGGCAGACUCUUGACGCAUGCGGCUGCUGCCCGGUUUGCGCGUCCGGGGAAGGCGAGGCCUGCGGCGGCAUUGGUAAGCUCGGAGACCCGGUGUGUGGAGAAGGGCUGGAAUGCUCCGUGCCUGGGGCCGUGGCUUACUCAACUACAGUCAGAAGGAGAAGCAAGAGCGGGCUCUGUGUGUGCAAAACUACGGAGCCCGUCUGUGGAAGCGACGGAGUAUCCUACCGGAACAUCUGCGAGCUGAAGAAGAUCAGCUACCGGGCGCAAAAGCUCCAGCAGCCACCUGUUCUCUUCAUCCAGAGGGGGCCUUGCGGCAAAGCCCAGGACAACCCAGACAGCCCGAGACACAAGUACAACUUCAUCGCUGACGUGGUGGAGAAAAUUGCUCCUUCUGUGGUUCACAUUGAACUUUAUCGCAAAAUGACCUAUUCCAAGCGAGAGGUGGCAGUGGCCAGUGGAUCCGGGUUUGUAGUUUCAGAAGAUGGACAGAUUGUAACCAAUGCACAUGUGGUGGCCAAUAAGCAUCGUGUGAAGGUGGAGCUGAAGAGUGGGGCCUCCUAUGAUGCAAAGAUCAAAGAUGUGGAUGAGAAAUCGGACAUUGCACUUAUUAAGAUUGACGCACCGACUCAACUUCCUGUCCUCCUGCUGGGUCGCUCCUCAGACCUCAGACCAGGAGAGUUUGUGGUGGCGAUUGGCAGUCCCUUUUCACUCCAGAACACUGUCACAACAGGAAUCGUCAGCACGACGCAACGAGGAGGCAGAGAGCUGGGCCUCCGCAACUCAGAUAUGGACUAUAUCCAGACUGACGCCAUCAUCAAUUAUGGGAACUCUGGAGGCCCCCUUGUCAAUCUGGACGGUGAGGUAAUUGGGAUCAACACUUUGAAAGUUACAGCUGGCAUCUCCUUCGCCAUUCCCUCGGAUAAGAUUCGACAGUUCUUGGCAGAAUCCUAUGACAGGCAGUCCAGAGGGAGGACAGCUGCAAAGAAAAAGUAUAUCGGGGUGAGGAUGAUGACUCUUACACCAGCUUUGGCGAAAGAGCUGAAAACCAGACACAAAGACUUCCCUGAUAUCACCUCUGGAGCAUAUGUUAUGGAGGUUAUUGCAAAGACACCAGCUGCAGUUGGGGGACUCAAAGAGCAUGACGUCAUCAUCUCAAUCAAUGGACAGAGGAUCUCAUCAGCCACAGACGUCAGCGCUGCCAUCAAGAAAGACAGCAAACUCAAAGUGGUGGUCCGCCGCGGAAAUGAGGAUGCCAUUCUCACUGUUGUUCCUAUGGAGAUUGACCCUUGACAAUCCAAAUAAGCUGCAAUUUUUGCCAAUCACCAGUGGACCUUAUAUUUUAACUGGAGAAGUUUGGGUUGUUUCUGAAAUGCCCUUCCUUCUGCAAAGGCAAAAGGCCAGUGGCAGCACAUGUCCAGGAAAACUCUGGCCUUGCCUUGAAAGAAACAACUGUGCAGAUGCUAUUACAGCUGUACUGUACUUUUCAGAUUUUUACUCAGUCAGUCGGUCAGUGUCUAAAAUGUUGUUUUUAUCAUAUUUGUUUUACACUUGUUCAAGGUCUUGUCUAAUAUGAAAGUUGUUUAGGCACACCUCCAACAGCAUUGUUAACAAGUUGUUGGGUUAAAAUAAUUUGAAUAACUGAUGUUUUGCCACACAAGUACUGUAGAUAAAUUUGUUGAUUCUGUGAUGUAAAGAAGAAAAAAAAAGGUUUAGAUUCCUUUGUUUUAGCACAGACCACAUUUUCUAUUGGAUUUCAACAUAAAUACACAGACACAUCUUGAACCUGACACACUGCUAUCCGUGCCAUAUUUGCUUCGCUAUUACUCGUGACUUGAAACCAAUGGGAUCUGCUUUGGACUAAUUUUAUUGCAUGCAUAUGGACUUGAUAGUGGUCUCGUUGUGUGAUUGUUGGGGCAGAGGCUGUGAUGAUGAGGCUGCAGAUGUGUACCCUCUCUCCAGUCCAAGAGGUUCACAGCUCUUCUACUUUGUAAUAUGUACAAGUAGAUAUGUUUUACAAUGGCCAAAAUGGUCUUUGAAAUAAAAAGUGCUGACACAUGGU